AUGCCAAAAUCCAAAACUUCAAACAACCUUAAUGGCGAGGAUAGUUCCGAUGGUUUUCAGAACUCCAAGGAUGAUUCAUUGCCGGCAUCGCCUCUUCAAAAGUCCAAGAAAUGUGGUCCACCUGUGCAAAAUCUUGAUGAGGGUGGUAGUAACUCACGUGCUCAACCAAAUAGCACCGGAAUCCAUCCCAAUUACAACCCUUCUAACAACAUUUUCCUUCAGUCUCCAGCGUCAUUGACUACAGUUGGCCUCACCUCAAGUGCACAUCUGGAGUUGGUGGCCAAGCUCUUGAAAAUGCCAUGCAAAGUUCACAAGCGGGCCCUCAAUAUUUGUGAGGCCUGUCUUGUCUUUAUGUUUCACCCCACCAAGCUGAAAGUGUGUAUUCAGGCCACUUGCCCAGAACAUCAAUUUGUUACAAAUGUUGGCCUCCUCACUUACUCUCAUUCACUCUCUGAGAUGAAAAAGACUGCCACUGAAAAGAAGGCCAACAAUUGGACCCCUGGCAAUACCUUGGAGAAUAUCCUUUGA